AAAAUGUAUUGAAAUUAUAGACCAAUAGUUGUCACCAAUCGAUGGUCAAUAUGAUUACUGGUCACCAUUUGGUCACUACUAUCAUCAUUAUUGGCCAUCAAUUGACUACAAGUUAAUAUUGAAAAGUAGAUAAUUAGAUGAUAUUUGUCAAGAGUUAUGGCUGAGGAAUAUAAUAUGUCUGGCGUUGCGGCCAUUAUAUGCAUCGCAAUCGGGAUUUUGAUCUUUGUUUUGCUAUUUAUUUUUGCAAAACGACAAAUCAUGAGAUUAUCACUGAAGAAUCGUUUUGUUCCUCAUAUUCCUCUGGCAAGAGAUGCACCAAAAAGUAUGAGACAGAGGAUCGAAGCGAAACUGAAUGUCGUGCGAGACAUCACUUUUGAACCAAAUCUCAUGAAUAAAGGCGACAACGACACCAAUGAUGCAAAGCAACCACUUUAUGACCACAUUUACCGCAUGAAAGCAGUCGACUCAUUGACUUUAUUAGAGGCCGACAUAAUAGAGUUGACGGGAAAUUAUAAUUUAAAGCGACCGCCCGGUCAGGACUUGAGAUACUACUUAUUAAAACUAGUCAGAGAUGACGGACCACUUGCUAAUUGUGAUACUAAGUUAAUAAAUCAAUUUGUCGACAGUUAUAACGGUUCCAGACAUGAACCAUAUCCUGUGUUUAAUUUAGAUAAUUACAAUCAAUUCAUGACUUUGUUGAAUACAAUACGCAAUAGUAUUCAAAAUAAAACUUCUAAUAGAAAGACAAAACUCAAAGGCAAAGACACGACCGCACAGAUGGUCUUCAACGGUAAGACACAGGUCUCGAUCCGUCAAAAUAAAGUGGAUUUUGUCGAUACAGAUGAGACGUCUGUUUAAUUAAUAAUUUAAUAAAUUGUAUUAUAAU